AUGGGCUGUGGGUGUUGUAAGGAGACAAAAAUUGUUGAUGCAACAUGGGCUGUUGUUCAAACACAAAAUGUCGCAGCAACAGAAAUACCCUAUGGCUAUGUGUUUAUUUAUCCAGGUGUUUCAAAAUCCAAUGAAACAUAUACAUGUCCGAUGCUUUCAAUUCAUACUUAUCGACAAUCAUCAGAGAAAACUGCAGUUGGCUAUGCAGAAGCACAAUUUUCAAACAAGAAAAAAUUUGAUGAGAAGGUCGGUCCUCUAGUCACAUCAAAAGAAGAACACUUAUCUUCGGAUGAAACAACCAUUAUGAUUCCAGUUGAAGAUAUUAUCAAUAUCUACUAUACGUCUGGUAUUAAGAAGAGUGUUAAAGCACAAGAACAUUCACGUCUUGUACCUGUAGUUGAAGGAAACGGAUGUUGUGGCUGUUGUGGCUGUUGUAAAAAAGCACCGAAACCAAAACGUCAAAUUGACAUUAUCGAAGAGAAGAGUGCAGAGCGAGUUAUUACAGUACAUAUUCAGUAUUCGAAGUACAGUAAUCUGGACACUGUAUCAAAUGCACGGAUUCUUUCUGAAUCAGAUCGUCUACAAUUCUACAAGAAUCAAUUCCAGCCGAAUACAGAAUUGAAAUUCUAUCUAGUUCGUAAUGCGGAGUACGAUUCAGUCAACUUUAAUGAGAAGAGAGUGCAGGCUGAAAAUCUUUGCCGUAUCAUCAUGCAGCUGAAGGGAAUAAACGGUGGUGGUGCUGUCAGCAGUGAACGCCUUCAUCCGAAAGAGGGGGAGGUACUUCCUGCUGUUGCUGCUACUAUAUCUUAUCCCAGUCCACAAGAUCUUCAACAAAUACUGAAUCAAUCUUACUAUGGGAUCUUUGGGGAUGUACAUCAGGAACGUUUACAUUCAAUUGAGACAAAACAGGAUUUCGGAACACAUGUACCAGUGCCGACAACUACAACAGUUUUAGCAUCAAUAGAAGCGCGGCCAACAGAUAAGAAAGCAGCAAAAGCGAUUGAUUAG